AUGAUGAAGAUGAAAUGAGGGUGGACAUCAGCAAGACAAUGAUCCCAAACACAGAGCCAAGGAAACUCUCAGCUGGCUUCAGAGAAAGAAAAUAAAGCUGCUGGAGCGGCCCAGCUAACCACCUGACUUGGAUCCAAUUGAAAAUCUAUGGAAAGAACUAAAAAUCAAAGUUCAUAGAAGAGGCCCACAGAACCUUCAAGAUUUUAAGACAGUUUGUAGGAAGGAUGGACCAAAAUCACUCCUGAGCAAUGCAUGCGACUAGUUUCUCCAUACAGGAGGCUUCUUGAAGCUUCAUCACCAACAAAGACUUUUGUGCAAAGUAUUAAAUAUCAGUAAGUGUGUUCAAUACUUUUCCCUGUGCCAUUUCACAUUACAUAUAAUUUAAUUUCUGAACUUAUUUGUUUUGGUUUCUUUCUAUGUAUGGAUUACUUAGGUUGGUACUAACACCUGGUGAAAAUUUCAUGUCAAUAGCACCUUUGGAAAUGUUUACUAUGAAGAAUUGUGAUGUGUUCAUUACUUAUUUUACCUGCUGUAUUACCCCACUAUUUUUUUUUUCUUCAACACCUAAACUAAUGUGUGUGCAUUUUGCAUGUUCACUCAUGAGCCCCAUGUGCAUUUGAGAUUUAUCAGUUUGUUGCCUAGCAGCCUUUGAGCAGCAGCCUGCAGAGAAGCUGAGGAGCAUGAAGUCCAGGGGAGAAAGACCUCCUGAUGGGGGCUAUGGCUGGGUGGUGGUCACGUCGGCCUUUUUCGUCAUGGGCCUUACUGCUGCUGUCCUCAAAAACUUCGGCAUUUUCUUCCUGGACAUCCAGACUCACUUCGGAGUCCUAACCAGCACCACCUCCUGGGUCACCUCCACAACAAUUGCCAUGUUUCACCUGGGAGCUCCAGCAGCCAGUGUGCUGACCUUAAGGUUUUCUCAGAGGGUGGUCAUCAUGAUCGGAGGCCUGCUCACAUCCUUGGGGAUGUUGCUAGCUUCUCUUGACCUCAGUCUUCCUUGGCUCUACGUUAGCAUGGGCAUCCUCCAAGGAACAGGCAUGUCCUUCUCAUGGAUCCCUGCCAACAGCAUGGUGAGCCACUACUUUGCACGAUGGCGUCCCAUCGCCUAUGCUAUCGCCAGCUCAGGGGAGUGCGUCUUCUCCAUCAUGUUCAGUCCCUUUUUCCAGUGGCUCAUGGAGAUGUACACCUGGCAAGGUGCCUUGCUCAUCAUCGCUGGCCUUCAGCUCAACCUGUGUGUAUGUGGUGCGCUCAUGAGACCUCUGGAGUCAACCUGGUGUCCAACACAGGAAACCAAAGACAGUCUAGUAGGAGAUGCUGCUGGGCUGCUACCAAAGAGGAAGAUUAUCUUUCCGCUCUCCCUCGUGAGGAAACCUGAAUUUUUCCUCUACAUCGUGUUCGCCAUCUUUGCUGCAGCAGGUUUUUUCAUCCCACCUCUCUUUCUGGUGCCUUUUGCCAACAGUCUGGGGAUAGAUGAGUACUGGCCUGCCUCCAUCCUCUCUGUCCUGGCAUUAGCUGACCUGGCUGGGAGGCUGACCUGUGGCUGGGUAGCUAACAUGAGACUGUUAAGAAACCUACAGCUGCUCACCAUGGUGGCCACUCUGCUUGGGGUGGUGCUCCUGCUUCUUCCCAUCAGCGACAACUACUGGGCCAUCCUGUUCUUUGCCUCGCUCUACGGUUUCCUGUUUGGUUGCAUGGUGGCCAUUCAUGUCACCUCCAUUGUGGACAUUGUGAGCCUGGAAGGAUUCGACAGCGGGCUGGGGCUUUUUAUGCUGUUCAGAAGCAUUGGAGGCUUCAUCGGUCCACCCACUGCAGGCUGGCUGGUGGACCAGACAGAGGACUACAGCAAUGCCUUCCACUUCUCGGGCCUCUGCCUGAUUUCAUCGGCCCUGUUUGUAGUCCUGGUGGACCGCCUGAUGCAGAAGAGAAAAGCAGCGGAGGCUGAAGUUCAUCUGAAUGUACCACGGGAGGACUGGGAAUCAGGGGCUGUCCUGUGACAUGUGUCAUGUCUUCUGGAUGGGAAAUGUCUUGUAGGCUUUUUAGGUGUUUUAGUCCAUUUUUGUGUUAUUUCUGGACAAAAGUCUUUUAUAAUGCCCAAUUACUCUUGAAGCAGAUACUAAAGCAAAUCCUAUCUUUUUUUUUUUUUUUAAAACUGUAUUUCUUAUUAUAUUUCAGUCUUAUGCAGCAGACUGAACCUAAUUCAUGCAGGCCAGACUCAGAUUUCCAGAUUUUACAUUGUGUGUUGAACCCGUAGUGUGAACCGUUUAAAUCGCAAUUGCAGUUUUAAAAUGCGGGUUUGAUGAACAGGAUGAUUUACAACAGCAGAAUCGUGAGUCUGGUCUUUGUAGACAAGUGGUAUUUUAUUAGAUUUGCCCAAAGAGAAUGAGAUUUCUGACAAUGUUUAAAAACACAAAAUAUUUUUAGAAAAAUUAAGUUUAAUUAUUUGGAUUUCUUUAAAGAUUUAGUACUCAUGCAGGACUGUUGAACUUAAGUGAGUCAGUCUACGUCAGUUUUAUCUGAUUAUCGGUACUUGAGCAUUGACUACCCGUGGCUACAUCUACGCAGACAGUAUUUUUUCAGUCAGAAGUUCCAGCAGUUCGUUCUGAACUGAUGAGACAUGUGUUUACAUGCUGUAUAACAUUAAUCAGAAUGGAGAUGCACCAAGUGAUAGUGGUUGGAUGUAGGUGUGACUGUCUCUGUGCUAGUCCUGUGAUAGACUAGAGACCUGUCCAGGGUCUCCCCUUGUCCAACAUUUGUGCAACAUUUUAAGAAAUAAACUGCUAUAUUAUAAA